CUGUAGCGCUACAGGGGCGGAGCUUAACUGCUCUUCUGUUAAAAUCCCACGUGAACUGCGUGAAUCGUGAUCUCCUGCGUGAACAUGGCGAACAUUCGGAGCAUCAAGGGCAUGGUCGGGCUCGUCACCGGAGGAGCGUCCGGGCUUGGCCGCGCCACCGUGGAGCGGCUGGUGCAGAACGGAGCGUGCGCGGUGAUCCUCGACCUCCCCUCCUCUGAUGGUCAUGCCCUCGCAGCCAGCCUGGGUGACCGCUGCGCCUUCGCACCUGCUGAUGUGACGUCUGAGGCGGACGUGCAGUCCGCGGUGGCUCUGGCCAGGGAGCGGUUUGGGAAGCUGGACCUGGCAGUGAACUGUGCUGGCAUCGCUGUGGCGGUCAAGACGUAUAACAUCAAGAAGGACCUCCCUCAUAACCUUGAGGACUUCCAACGCGUCAUCACGGUGAACAUCGGAGGCACGUUCAACGUGAUCCGUCUGGCGGUCGGGGCGAUGGCGAAGAACGAGCCUGAUGCUGACGGCCACAGAGGCUGCAUCAUCAACACGGCGAGCGUGGCGGCCUAUGACGGACAGGUGGGCCAGGCGGCGUAUUCCGCCUCCAAAGGGGGUAUCGUGGGUAUGACCCUCCCCAUCGCCAGAGACCUGGCUCCAAUGGGCGUCCGCGUGGUCACCAUCGCUCCGGGCCUCUUCUCCACCCCCCUGCUCGCCGGCCUCCCAGAGAAGGUGCGCUCCUUCCUGGCCCGCCAGGUGCCGUUCCCCUCACGCCUGGGUGACCCCGCUGAGUUUGCCCACCUUGUGACAUCGAUUGCAGAGAAUCCCAUGCUCAACGGAGAGGUCAUCAGACUAGAUGGAGCAAUUCGCAUGCAACCUUGAGAGGCGUGUGUGUGUGAGUGUGUGCGUUUGUGCGUGCGUGUGUGCGUGUGUGUGUGGGGCGCAGUACUUCUGUACUCUAUGGGGUGUUCCUUCCUUUGUAAACUAACCUAGAAAGUAAACGAAUGUAUUUUUGUCUUCCUACCCAAAUUAAAAAAAUUGCGACAUAAGCAAGUAAGCUUAGAUAUUGUGUGGUGAUCUGUGCACUCAAGCAUUGUUUCUGAUGCAGUACAUCAACAUUGUUUUAGUAUAUAUCUGAAAGCUGCAAUGUCAACCGUCAUUCUUGAGUUAUAAAGUUAAUCCCAUAAUUAAACAGAAAUGGAUUUAUCUAUGUA